AUGCUGUCGUCCCAAACGAUGCGCUUCGGCAACGUGAUGACUAAGAAGCCCGCCAUGACGAAGGACGCGGCCUUGAAGAGGCGUGGACGGCCGGCCGCACAAGGGCCAGAUCCGGAUGCCAGGACGGGGAUCAACCACCCAGGGAUGAAUGAUGUCAUGUUUGGUAGAGGCGGAGACACGAACUAUCACAUUGGCAACAAUUCCUUCAGGCACUUGGUCGAGUCCUUCAGCGAUCAAUAUUGGGCCGCCAAGAAUCGAAAGGAGAAGUCUUCCAUCAUUGGCCUCAUCAUUAAUGGAUGGAGGACGCAAGAUCCUCCGGGGAGGUUUCUGGCCAAGACGGAUCCUGCCAAGGGAGACGACAGUCUGUGGCAUGACGUUGGCGACCAGGUUGCCGGAAGGAAGGCUUCCAAAAUCUUAUCCGAGAUGCGGAUCGGAAAGAGAAACAAGGCAGCCAAAGCAGGAGCGAAGCGGGCGGCAGCAACGAAGAAGACCCCAGCGCGGACAUCCAGUAACAAGACUCCUCUGGCCGCAACGAGCAGUUGCAUCAUCACGGACUCGAGUGUGGAGCAGACCAACCCCCGCAAGCGAAAAGCCCAAGACAGUCCGUCUUCCCCUACCGGUGCACAGGAGUUCCCGCAGGAGGGAGGCACGUUUCCCUUGCCCGGUGGUGGAGGCGCGUUCCCCUUGCCCGGCGGUGAAUCGGCCGCGAAGAAUCCAUCCUUUUCCCUUGGUGCGCUUGUGCAAGAAGACAACACUCCGCUGCUCCCGCCUUCCAAGAGAAGGCUUGCCGAGUCGAUGCCAGUGGCUGCUGAGUUGACACAUGUCUUUGAAGAUCCAGCCUAUCAUGAAAUGCCACAAGCCAGGCAUUCGAAUGCGGAUGAUGAAGAAGCAGCACUCAUGGAGCUGAUCGGUGCAUAG